CUCACCAAACUGAUCCUGACCCUGGACGACAUCGUUUUCAUCGAUACGCAAGUCAGCAAGAAGAAACUGAACGAUGAGUCCAUCAUGAGAAGUCUUCUGGAAAUAAAAACUCCAAUUCGCUCGAUUGCUCGAAGCUACAUCCUGGCCACACCUGAGAGCUCCAACAUCGGGAUCCUGGAGGGCGACUGGGUCUGGCUGAAGAAGAUUCCUGUUGGGAAGGCCGUCGCCGCCAUCAACCCAAACACUCAGAGUCUGUUUGGCCAGCUGCGGGACAUGCGCCACGAGAACCUGAACCUGUACCUGGGCCUGUUCCUGGACUCCGGCAUCUUCGCCCUGGUGGUGGAACACUGUCCAAGAGGCAGUCUGGCAGACCUGCUGGGGGACGGCGACAUGAGGCUGGACUGGAUGUUCAAGUCCUCACUGCUCAUGGACCUGAUCAAGGGGAUGAAGUACCUCCACCUGCGAGGUUUGAGUCACGGCCGUCUCAAGUCCACAAACUGUUUGGUGGAUGGACGUUUUGUCCUGAAGAUCACAGAUUAUGGACUUCCCAUGAUCCUCCACGCUCAGACCAUCAGUCUACCAGAGGACCCCCAGGAGUUGUUGUGGACAGCUCCGGAGCUUCUCAGAAACCCGGUCCGUGGAGGAUCUUUUUCUGGAGACGUCUUCAGUUUCUCCAUCAUCAUCCAGGAAGUGAUCUCCCGCACGCUGCCCUACGCCAUGAUGGACAUGCCCGCCCACGAGAUCGUGGAGCGUCUGAAGCAGCCUCCUCCUCUGUGCCGGCCGGUGGUUUCGGUGGACGAGGCUCCGGCUGAGUGUCUCAGUCUGAUGAACGAGUGCUGGAACGAGGACCCCGACAAGCGGCCCAGUUUUGACGACAUCUUCAAACAGUUCCGGGGCAUUAACAGGGGCAAGAGGGCGAACAUCAUCGACUCCAUGCUGCGGAUGCUGGAGCAGUACAGCUCCAACCUGGAGGACCUGAUCCGGGAGAGGACGGACGAGCUGGAGGUGGAGAGGAACAAGACCGAGAAGCUGGUUGGACAGCUGCUGCCCAAAUCGGUUGCUCAGGCCCUGAAGAAGGGCAAGCCGGUGCGCCCGGAGCACUACUCCGACAGCACCCUGUACUUCAGCGACAUCGUGGGCUUCACCACCAUCUCCGCUCUCAGCGAGCCUAUUGAGGUGGUGGACCUGCUGAACGACCUCUACACCAUGUUCGAUGCCAUCAUUGCGACUCAUGAUGUUUACAAGGUGGAAACUAUUGGAGACGCCUACAUGGUGGCCUCUGGUGUUCCCAACAGAAACGGUAGCCAGCACGCUGCUGAAGUGGCCAACAUGUCCCUGGACAUCCUGCACUCCAUCGCCGCCUUCAAGAUCAAACACAUGCCUGAGGUCAAAGUCAAGAUCCGCAUUGGGCUGCACUCAGGCCCGGUGGUAGCAGGUGUGGUUGGACUGACGAUGCCUCGGUACUGCCUGUUUGGGGACACGGUGACGACGGCGUCGCACAUGGAAGCAACUGGUCUACCUUACCGGAUCCACAUCAGUUUGAACACUGUCAAGGUCCUGACCAGCCUCAAGUUGGGAUAUGUGUUUGAUACCCGAAAGGCUCAGGUGAAAGGCUCAGAAGACACCUAUUGGCUGAUUGGACGAGAUGGUUUUGAUAAACCUCUUCCAGUUCCCCCAGAUCUCACUGGAGGGUAA